UGGCUCAUUUUAAACAUUAUCCACGCAGAUCUACACCUUGGCAACAUUCUUUUGCGCCUACCUCGAGAGUUUGACUCGCUUACUGACGAUCAACUCAACAGUCGUUACGGCGCACCGGAACUAGAACCUGUCCGCCGUCUUGACGGUGGCGCCCUGCCCCCCGGUGUCCCGUCUUUCGGAGUAAAGUCGGCCUGGUUUGGGAAACCAAGCGAGGAAAUUCGCAUAUCAGAAGCCGAAAUAUUUUUGGCAGAUUUCGGUGAAGCCUUUUUACCAUCGCAAGAGUCGAGGCACGAGUCACACACACCAUUCACGAUCCAACCGCCGGAAGCACGAUUUGAACCCGAUAAGCCGCUCUCCUUUCCAGCAGACAUCUGGACGAUGGCUUGCAGCAUUUGGGCAAUCCUUGGCCAAAGGCCCCUGUUCGAAGACAUCCUCGCAACGCCAGACAACACCACUUGUGAGCAAGUGGACGCCCUGGGCAACCUACCACCUGAGUGGUGGAACAAAUGGGAAGCGCGUCGCCAAUGGUUCAACAACGACGGGAGCCCGUUGAAACAGCGAUUGCAAAGAACCUGGGAGGACCGCUUUGAAGAUAGCAUUCAGGAGUCUCGGCGACGGGAGGGGAUGCCAGUCCUUGAGGCGGAGGAGAGCGACGCCAUCUUCGUCAUGCUUCGGUCCAUGCUGUCGUUCAGGCCUGAGACCCGACUUACCGCAGACAAGGUUUUAGAGUCCAAGUGGAUGAAGAAAUGGGCACUGCCAACUUAUGAAAAUAUGCGGGCUUGUUCCGGGAGGGGCCAGCCUGAAGAAGUCAAUAUUUGAUGGUGAGGUAGGUGUUGUACGUUAAGCAUUGGACACAUCUGAUCACUCCUGGCGAAAGUUCAUGUUGGCUUAGACACAAGUCAAUC